AGGUAAACAUCCAUCAUGGAAGGUCCUCUAAGCAAGUGGACAAAUGUAAUGAAGGGAUGGCAGUACCGAUGGUUUGUACUGGACCAAAAUUCUGGGCAGCUGUCAUACUACACGUCAAAGAAUAACAUGAUGAGAGGUGACAGGCGGGGAUGUGUCAAACUAAAGGGUGCUGUUAUAGGAAUUGAUGAUGAAGAUGAUAGCACAUUUACAGUGACAUCUGCUGAUAUGAAGACCUUUCAUUUCCAAGCUCGCGACUUUGAUGAACGUGAGAAAUGGAUAGAUGCUCUAGAAGAAGCCAUUCUUCGACACUCUCAACCUUUGAAGAAAUGGGAGAAGUCUCUCGGAGUUUCACCUGCUGACUUUGACAAGAAACUUGCUGAGACAGAUGCUUACCUCCAGCUGCUCAUAGACCAGGUUAAAAAUUUAGAGGAGCGUAUCAACCAGUGUGAAGAUAUGCAGGCAAGGGAACAAUAUAAUGUCAUCAAAAUCACAGCUGAGUCCAUGAUAGAAUCAAUCAAGCAUUCUAUUGUGAUGAUACAGAUGGCAAAGCAAAAUGCAUUGGCUGCAAUGUCUAGUAAUGGUCCAUCUGCUGAACCCAUUGUAGCAGACAGCACCAGUGUACAAUCACUUGAUAUAGAGGAAGCCAUGUUAACAGCUGAAUCAUCAGAAACAUCUGGACUGGCGCCCCCUAGUGGACCGAAUGAUGUACCAGAAGUGUCAUACUCAAGCAGCGAGGAUGAAUUUUUUGAUGCUGACGAUGAAGAAAAUAGUGGCGCUUCACCUUCAAAACAAAAACAUAAAACUAAUAAAAAAGUGGUUGAAGACUCCCCAGAGGAACCUAAGACACCCCCUGUUGUCAUUGCUAGUGAAGAUGAUUAUUACGAUGAUCUGUAUGAUGACAUGGAGGAAGACGACUUGGGUUCCCUCUCGGAACACGGCAGUAUUAUCAGCCAUCUCUUGUCGCAAGUUCGACUUGGAAUGGACCUCACAAAAAUUGUGCUUCCGACAUUUAUUCUUGAGAAGCGAUCAUUGCUUGAGAUGUUUUCUGACUUCCUUGCUCAUCCUGACCUCUUCUGCAAUAUAGCUGAUGCUCCGACCCCACGGGAGCGUAUGAUAGAGACAGUUCGAUGGUAUCUAUCAGCCUUUCACGCAGGUAGACGUAGUGAUAUUGCUAAGAAACCAUACAAUCCCAUAUUAGGAGAAACAUUCCGCUGCUGCUUCGAUGUACCAGGCUCCCCAGCCUGCCAGGAAAAGAAUGAAGAUGGACCUAUUCCAUGGGCAACCAAAGAAAAUGUAUCAUUUAUUGGCGAACAAGUGUCUCAUCAUCCUCCAAUUUCUGCGUUCUAUGCAGAGCACUAUAAUAAAAAGAUAUCUAUUGAUGGUUACAUCUGGACUAAAUCUAAAUUCCUGGGUCUGUCCAUAGCUGUACAUAUGAUAGGUCAGGCUGUCAUCUCUGUCAUUGACCAUGAUGAGGAAUAUAUUGUUACCUUCCCCAGUGGAUAUGGCAGGUCCAUAUUAACGGUACCCUGGGUGGAACUGGGGGGUAAGGUGAACAUUUCCUGCGCUAAGACUGGUUAUUCAGCUAAUAUAGAAUUCCUCUGCAAGCCUUUCUAUGGUGGUAAAAAAGCUAGGUUGACAGGAGAAAUAUUUUCACCAACUGAGAAAAAGCCAAUCUGUCAAAUACAGGGAGAAUGGAAUGGAGUGAUGUAUGCAAAAUAUGAUACUGGGAUGAGCGAGUCAUUUGUUGAUACAAAAACAAUGCCCAUACACAAGAAGAAGGUCAAGCCGAUUGAACAACAGACAGAAUUUGAAUCGAGAAGGUUGUGGCAGGAAGUGACAAAAAACCUUAAGGUGAAGAAUGUGGAAGCUGCCACCGAUGGGAAACGUAAGCUAGAACAUCGACAGAGAGAAGAGGCUAAAGAGAGAAAAGAAAAGGAUGAGAAGUGGGAGACAAAACACUUCCAUGAGCGAGGAGAACAUUGGGCUUAUGGGAAACCAUUAUUGAAAAGACUUGCUCAAGCCAAAGAACAAACUAAACCUAAUCAAGACACUAGUGUUACUCCAGAGUAGGACUUACCAGAAGACAUGGAUUGAAUGAGAAUCAGAUUGCUCACAAUAUUUAUUCACAUUUUCAAUGAAAUUGGUGAAUACUUUAAUUUAUUUAUUAUGUAUGCACCAACUUCCAUUUCCAAAGGGAUAUCUGCUUUUAAAUGUGUCUACCCUUUUUGAAAAACUUACUCAAAAUAACAACGAUUUCACUCCAUGUCAGUUAUGCUUCAAAUCUCUAGACCCCCUCGCCCAUCUUUUUUUUGUCUGAGGUGUGUAGGCAUUGGGGCUUGAGCCAAGACUUAAACAUACAUUAAUGCACAAUAGGUGGACUGAUAUUAAAGGACACAAAGAAAGGAGCAGCAUUACCACAUAAUUGUUAUCAUAAGUGUCAUGUCAUUUAUUGACUACCACAUCGAGUCUACCUCUUCACCCUAUAUGAGGUUAAACAUUAUAGUCAGCUGAUAUAUAAUACUGCAUAAUACGCAUAUAUUGCAAGAGGGAAGAAUUAUCAAUGUACACUCAGAAAGAUAAUUAUAUUGAGGAGGAAGUAAGGUUACUUUUGUCAAAUCAGAAUUUAUUUAUUGAUGUUUGUUUAGAAAAGGUGGAGGAUAUACAUGUAUCUGUUAUGAAAUUAUAUUUCUGAGUGUGCAUUGAUUUAAAGAUGUGUGCUUCCUUAAAACUAUAUACUCAUUAGAAAAUGGAUUCAUCUGAACUUGGAUUAACCCUUGCAAGUUCAUUAUAAUUGUUUUAAGAUAUUGAGGGCACAUAACUUGUUUGGUCUUAAAUAAACUUACACAGAGAUAAAAAUGUGUACCUAUGCAUCAAAAGAAAUGAAUCAAGCAUCAGAGGAACUAGGGGGAAUGAGAAUGUGCCAUUAUUAGCGAAAUGCCCAUGUUGCCCAAUGCCCAUAUAAGGGAUCUGAUCUUGCAAGGGUUAACCAAGUUUAAUGACUGAUUUCAAAGACAUUAGAUAUUAUAUUCAUUAUAUGCUUUCCAUUGGUAGGCAGUGUAUAUUUUGUUGUUAAAGCAAUCUUGGGAAGAAAAUAUAUCAUAUCAUAUGCAGGGUACAGUGAUAUAGUUUGCAACAAUGAUUAAGGUACAAUGUGUACGGUUCAUUGAAUCUAUUUCAAUGAAAAAUCCUGUCAAAUAUUAUGCUAUUUGCAACAUUUCAAAUAAGAAAAGAUAAGAAGGUGUUAUUUCAACCUUUGCAUGAAAUGUGUAGCAUCGAGUUUGAAGUUUAGGAAAUAAUGCCUGAGUGGAAUGAAUAAGACACAAUGCAUCAAAUCUUGGGCUUAA